AUGGUUCGCACACUACCAAGGGAGUCCAACUUUCAGAAGAGGGAAACUGCAGAGCUAGUUCCUUAUUUAGGCCCUGAAGCAAUCAUCGCGACGGGACAUGGAAUGAACCUUGGCAUUGCUCUUUCCGAAUCCGUCCUCUUCCUCGAGAGAUAUGACAAGGAAGACCCGAGCACGAAGAAAUGCACCAUCCUUCGAGGACAAUUACGGCUCAGUGUCACCAAGCCCACCAGGUUGAAGAAGGUCUGGAUUCGCUUUUGCGGGCAGAUGCAAAUGGUGUGGCCAGGAGACUGUAUGAGUACAAAAACGUUAUUUACCCAAGGAAUUACCUACUUUGACCGCGGGGGUACGGCAAUGCACCGCAACGACUUUGGAGCAGACUCCUUUGAUUUACUGAAAGCACCCACAGCUACAGCCAAUGCCCAUUUGAUGACAACCACAAAUGCCUCUCUUCAAGUGGGGCAGCCCGGGGCAUCAAAGGUUUGCUUGACGCAAACUGGCUACUCAGUUGAGGAUACUGCAACGUGCCAUUCGAAAUCCAAUGAAGCUCAGAGUCAGAGUGGUUCAAAAUUAUUUCCUGCGGGUGAUUUUCUUUACAGUUUCGAAUUCCUAUUGGACGGCUCGCUUCCCGAAACUAUCAAGACAGACCUCAGCUCUAUACAAUACAGUCUGGAAGCUUUUGUCGAACCCUCACGGCAUUUACGCUCUAACCUAACCGGGAAACUGGAGAUUCCUGUCGUUCGGCUACCAGCAGAGAGCCCUUUGGAGUUGACUGAGCCUGUUAUGAUUUCAGGUAACUGGCGCGACCAGCUCCAUUAUAGGAUGGUGAUGUCUGGAAAGUCGUUUCCCUUGGGUUCUCAAAUUCCUAUUAGUUUGAAAUUGACUCCCAUGUCCAAGGUAGCUUGCCAGUGGGUCAAGGUGUACGUGACUGAGCAUGUACAACAUUGGUCAAGGGGCAAAGAAGCUGGCCUUCUACAAAUACCUUCAAAGAAGGUCCUAUUAUUCGAAAACCAAGCUGGGCUUGAAAGUGUCAGUACUUACCCAGGCAGUGAAAUGCGUAUCAUUUCGAGCAACAGCAGAGACGGGAGUGUCAAGUUGCCCCUUGAGAAUAGCAGCAAGACAAAUUUGCUUGGGGGUAGUAUGUCGAGCGACACUGGAAUAGAGCUCAACGUUCAGCUGCCUAGCUGCUUUGAAAUGAAGGACAGGGAGAAGUCGCAAUGUCUUUGUCUUGAUUCAAAGAACGAAAUCCUUACCGUCAGUCACUGGAUACAGGUUGUGUUGCGUCUAUCAACGACAGAAAAUAACAAUAGGAGCUGGAAUAGGCCGGUCGAGGUGACUCUUCAAUCUCCCUUUCGUAUAAUGUCUUGCAAGGCUACUCCAGCCAACAUUUACCUUCCUACAUAUGCAGUACGCAAUGAUGACCCCAUGAGUGCUGUGCAGAGAGGUGGAUGCGAUUGUUCUGGAUAUGAGCUGUCGGUAUUGGGUUCAUCUGCCCUAGAAACAGCAGCUCAGCCGCAAAACAAAUAUCCUCACGUCGACCCGAUAUCUUCGAAAACAUCGACAAUGUCAUUUCAUUUCUGCAAAGCUGGCAUUCAACCGCCUCCGCAGGCCCAUAUACGUGAGAAGAACCAUUGUGUUUGUCCCUUCCCACCACUUUUUCGGCCACUAUCUUCAGCCCAGGAUACACUUGAAGAGAUCGAGCUGCAGCCCCUACCUCCUCCCCCACCCCCUACCCCACAUAUAGUUUGA